AUGUGACCGAGUGCGUUGAAUGACUUCUUUCUCAGUAAUGAAGUCACAAUUGCCACGGCUAAUGUAUAUUACGAGGAUGCGAGCUCGGAACGUGUUGUGCCUUCCGAGAUUUCGUUGUUGAAAUUCAGCAUUGAUCGUGGAAUAUUUGAGCAGCGACACUACAUACUGGCCUAUGACGAGCCCGAAAUGCCAAGCGAAGCAUGCCGGAAAGAAGCUGUUGAGAACGAACAAAGAACAGGCCUGUUGAUGAAUUGUGAUGGAAUGAGCGCUGAUGUGCGAAAUGAUUGCGCCGAAAUAUGGAAUGAAAUCAAAGAUUUCACGGCGAUUGAUGGGGAUAGCGCAAAAUUGCUGUUGCUCUCAGAUGACUGGAAUAUAGUUGUUGGCUCAUUCGAUGCUCUUUUUGUCCGUGCAAAGGAGACUUCAUUCUGUAUGUAUUUUUGCACUUCUGUGGGGUACUAA